AUGAACUGCCGUUUGGCCGAGCAGGACGAGGUGGAGUCGCUGCUGGUGAUGCACUUCAAGCUGGAGCGCGCCGGCGGUCCUCUGGGCUACGAGCGGGCGGCCGAGGUGCUCUACUCCAUCCUGGGCAUGACGGACGAGCUGCUGACGAUCCGCGUGUGUGACCUGCUGGACCGCGAGAAUGCGCGCAAGAUCACCAUGGAGUCCUGGGUGGUGGGCCUCUCCCUGCUGCUGCGAGGCUCCUUCGAGGAGCGCAUACAGCUCUGCUUCAAGGUGUACGAGGAGCUGGGCACCGGAUUCAUCACGAAGCGCGCCAUGUUUGAGCUCCUGAAGCGCUGCAUCGUCGCCCCGCCAAUCGGAGAGGAGCUGGACGACACCGUCGAGGACAUGGUGCUGCUGGUGAUGAACAAGAUGGACCUGGACCGCGACGGCAAGAUCUCGUUCGAGGACUUCCACGAGUCUGUGACGCAGGACCCGCUGAUGAUGCAGUGUCUGGGGCGCUGCCUACCCACGCAACGCGCCGCCUGCAAGUUCCUCAUCACCCUGAGUCCCAAGAUCUGCCGAUACUAG